AUGGAGCCUGACAAUGGUUCCGACAGUGGAGGCUCUCAAGGCCCCGACUCUGUUUCGAGAAAACACGUUGGUUACAAAAGUUUGCCGGGCUUCUGUGAUUCUGAUGCAGCAACCUAUCUGGACCUUGUCGAUAUCAACACACUGGACCUGGUUGGCGCAAAUCAUGAUUCUGUCCAAGAGGAAUGUGGCAGCAACAAAGUUGAAGAGCACAGCAAUGAUAAGGGCAGCGAGGAAAGCUCUGAAGAGGAUCCUGACCAUGUGAAGACGAGGCCGAAGAUCAAAAAUCCCCGGAAACCAAUUCUGAGUGCACCAAAGAGAAAGGUCAAGCUUACUGCGCAGGAACGGAAGCGAUCGAUGGAAGUUGGGCUGAAGGCAUUGAUCAAAAAUGCCAGAAUGAAAGGCAAAAAGAGCUUUGAAAAAGCCACUCUUGGCAAGCGAAAGACACUUACCAGCGGACUUGCACCAUUGGAGCUCGAGAAAAUCUUUGAAAGCGGUGGAAUUAUUUCGAGCGCUCAAGAAAAUGAAGCCUCGGCUGCAAUCCCGGGGUUUAAAAGCGGCAACAGAGUCAAGGCCCUAGACGAGCUGAUUGCAAAUAUUCCGAACUUGACCCCUGAGGAUAAGAAAAAGGCAACAACUGACAAAAAGAAUAUCCUUCGCGCAAUCGACAAUUUUUCCCAUAAGCCAAAAAGUGAUAAUAAAGGCGGAUGGAAGAUGAAGGGGCUGAAAACGGGACUCAUGAAUCACCAGAUUUUGGCAGUCGGCUGGAUGCGUUCACGAGAGAAAGGUGGCAAAGCGCCGCUAGGAGGGCUCCUCUGCGAUGUUAUGGGAUUCGGAAAGACUGUGACUACGUUGGCAGUGGUUUUGGAUGGAAGAGCCCAAAAUUUUGACGGACAGAAUCCAACAUUGAUUGUUGUGCCGCCGAGCCUGCGAAGUCACUGGGUUGCGCAAAUCGAUCGCUUUUUCGAAAGUGAGGUUUUUGGAACAUUUCUUGAAUAUCGAAACCUCUCCAAGUCGACAACGAACAAUAAUGUGACUAGCAUGCUGCGGACUGAUGUCGUAAUCGCUACCUAUGAUGAGGUGCGAAUGUCAUAUCCGAGCUUGAAGGUGCCGCAACAUAUUUUAGCAAACCAAAUUCGUUCUUGUUGGAAUGAAGAAUUUGAAAAUCGCGGCAGUCUGCAUCGAGUCCCAUGGCAUCGGAUCAUCCUUGACGGUAGGGAUUCUCUCAUUCUUCAACAUAUCAUCGAGGACUCCUGCAUAUUGACUCUCGAUCCCUUAGAAGGCCACACCAUCAGAAAUCCCGAUUCGAACACUUCUAUUGCCGUGCGUGGUCUUAUAGGGCAGCAUAAAUGGGUUGUGAGCGGUACGCCUUUGCACAAUUGCAUCGAGGAGCUGUUUCCCUAUUUUCAUUUCAUUGACGUGCCAGCAAUCACUGAUUUCAGUAAAUAUGAGGAAAACUUUAGCAAAAUGAACGAGAAGACCCGUGAAAAACUCAUCGAUACUUUACGUACAGUUGUCCAUCGAAUGACUCAUAACAGUCGACUCUUCACAUUGCCCAUCAUCAAAUUGCCUAUGAUCGCUGAAAAGGUUGAGAAAUUGGACCUUUGCAACGUGGAAACCCAGCUUUACCACAUGAUUGAGCAGGCGUUUGUCGAGAAAAUUAAUGCAUUUGCCGAUGAAAAUGAGAGGCAGUGGAGCUGUGUUCUCACUAUGUUUCUCAAACUUCGAAUGUUCACAAGUCAUCUGUUGACUGUUCAUGAAGCUCUGCAAGGUCUACUGAAGAGACCGGGGAACAAGGAAAGCCUGAAAUGGGAUACUGGAGAUGAAAUUUCACCAGAGAUCCACAAAGUUUUGAUGAGGCUACUUAGAGGAUCCCCUACUCGUACUACUCGAGGUCUCUUGGAUCCCUUGGUCGUCAAGUUACCUUCUGGCGAUUUUAUGAAACUUCAAUUGGCUUUUCAAAGGAUGCUGGCAGAUCUUCCUGGCGAUGUCCAGAUGAGAGAAUAUGCGGCACGCAUGGUUUGUCCCCGCUGUGAAGAAACACCCGAUGUGCCGAUCCUGACAUCUUGCAAACAUCUUUAUUGCAUCGACUGCUAUAAUGGAUUGCCAGACGAAAAUGGAAAUUCGGAUUCUGAGUUUCCAGUCUGCUGUAUCUGCAAGGUCGUGAUCGAAGAGGCCGUUCGCUGCGAGCUGAAAGAUCUUCUGCUGCAGUCUGAAAGCGCCUGUCGGUUGCCGAAGACGGGAGACAAGCGCAAAAGAUCUCCAAGUAAUGCGCAAAAACAAAAAGCGAAUCGAAAGCGCCAUUUUGGUAUCACAGAGUGGAGCGAACGAUCUUCCGGAUCCAAAUCCACGCCAGUUAACGAGAGCACUAAGAAUGAAAUACCGGAUUGGAUUUCGAUUGUUGGAACAGAGAUGCCCAGCACCAAGUUAAGCAAAAUCAGAAGUAUGGUGAAGGACUGGCUCAAAGAAGACCCAGCUAUGAAGACAGUCAUCUUCACCCAAUUCCUCGGCACCAUGAGACUUCUUGCUGGUAUGUGCGCCAAGGAACAAUGGCAAUACAAUCAAUUAUGUGGCAGCAUGUCAAUGGAAGCUCGAGAUUCCAGUAUUUUGAAAUUUCAGACUGAUGAGGAGGUUAAAGUGAUGGUGGUAACGAUGAAGACAGGAGGGACUGGUCUUGACCUUUCCGUUGCCAACAAGUGCAUACUUGUGGAUCUUUGGUGGAAUGAGGCAGCCCAGGAGCAGGCGUUCUGUCGCUUGUACCGCCUGGGUCAAAUGAGAGAAGUGGUGUUUGUCAAACUCGUAACCAAUGACACUAUUGACGAUUUGAUGCUUGAGAUCCAAACCAAUAAGUCAACGGAGAUUUCAAAUGUGAUCACCUAUCCUGGGCUCGGGGACUCCAAAGCCAGCUGGAAGCAGAUAUUGAGUCAUUUCGGUGAAGUUCAAGACCGUGUGGGAGGCGGGUUCAUUAUUUUGCCUACUAAGAGAAAGAAGCGGAGUAUGACCACCUGA